AUGGCAACAUCCGGCACUUAUCCUCGCGCAACCCGACUCUCAGAUGGCUCCCUCCUAGGGGUGUAUGCCAAAUACACCGGUGGCAACAGCACCCUCACAACUCUCAAAUCAACCAAUAAUGGUGCCUCAUGGUCCUUCCUGGGAAGCAUAACCACAGCCCCUGUCGCAACCACUAACCUUGACAACCCAUUCGUACACCAACUUCCCGGCGGCCGUGUGCUCUGCGCCUUCCGGAACCACGAUAAAGCUACAUCUACGCAGGCCGUUUUCUACCGCAUCACGGUGACGUAUUCGGAUGACAUGGGCAAAAGCUGGAAAUAUCUAUCUACCCCAGCAUCUGAUUCCAAUUUGGACAAUGGUAACUGGGAACCGUUCAUGAUGGACGCACUAGACGGUUCUCUGCAGCUCUACUAUUCCCGCGAAAACGGGCAACCAGAUCAAGACAGCUUACUCCGGCGGUCCACGGACGGUGGCCUGACUUGGACCACCGCGCAAGUCAUCUCCGGUUCGAGUAUUACAGCGCGGGAUGGCAUGUUGGGUGUCGCCAGAGUCGCCGCAAAUUCGCCCAUUAAAUUCGCUAUCUUCGAAUCCGGGAACACGACUGGAAACAACCUGUUCACUGUCCAUACAGUUCGUUCUAACGACGAUGGCGCAACCUGGGGUUCUCGCGCCGACGUUUACUCCUCACCUGGACACAAUGCAGGCGCACCGGGCAUCAUCCGUGUGGGGAGCAAGCUUGUCGCGAGUUUUGGCACUGACGAAGACGGUGGGACCUGGCCGACCGGCUCUAUGAAGGUUCUUGUGAGUUCGGAUAGUGGAAAGACCUGGAGUAGCAAGACAACUAUUCAUGGAGUUCCUGCACAAUGGUCGGGGAUGUUGGAACUGGAUGAUACAAGCUUUUUAGCUAUGUAUGAGAGUAGUAAUACUAUUUAUGCGCAGAAGAUGGUCUUUUAG